AGCAUCGUUUUUAGUUGUUUCACUCGGGUCCAGUGGUCAGCCUGACCUCGCACCCGGCGUUUGCUUGCGAACCGACCGGUUCGCGCGAGUCCUUGUCGGACUCGCCAAUUGCGCCAACUGUGCCAUGGCGGCUUUUCACCGCGAUGAUGAGGUCACCAGCCCCACGUCGGAGCGGCCCCGCAUGCUGCGCAUCGAGGAGGAGCUCGGAGACAUGGUGAAGGCGCCAGGCUUCAACGUCACCCUCAGGGAGAACAUCGCGCGGUACUUCGGCGUGCCGGCGCGGAAGACUACCGUCUCGCAGCAGGCCGUCUACGAUGAGGAUGGCUUGUUGGCCACCGCGGCGGACCUGAGCCAGAAGCUCAGCUUUUGUCCCGAUCUGCUUGGGUUGGACUUGGAUGUUCCAUUCAGUUUUGCCGUGGCACUGCUGCGAACGGACGGCCGCGCAUUGCAGAGAUACGCCCCGAAGCUGUAUGUGCUGGCCCCGCGUUUCCAGGAGUUUCCCAUAGGGUGCCGGCGCCAACUGGAUCCCCCGCAGCCGAACGAUCUCAUGGCGGCGCCGGAGCCGGACUACUACCAGCUGCUGGGGGUCCAGAAGGGCGCCACGCUGCAGGAGAUCCGCGCGGAGUUUCGCAAGAAAGUUUUGGCCGAGCACCCAGACAAAGGCGGAGACCCGAAGAAGUUCCAGCUAUUGAACAAGGCCUACAACGUCCUGUCGGACCAGGACAAGAGGCGCCGCUACGAUGACACAGGGCGAACUGAAAGGUCCGUAGAGGAGGAGUUUGCGGAGUCCUUUGGCGGCGGGCGCUUGUCAAAGGAUGCGAGGCCUAAGGAGGCAGACGAGCGGGCGGUGGUGAACAUGGAGGAGCGGAUCUCGAAGCCCGGGGGCGAGCACGAGGAAGGCUUCCAGGAGUGGCUGAGGCAGCGGGACCAGCAGGAGAUGGUUAUGACCGACAAGGACUUCAUGAAGACGGCGCUCUUCAAUGCUGCAGAGAUGACCCGGCAGGUGCGCCAUGCUGGCCUGGUGCAGCACGUGCUGGGCUCGCCCAAGACAGAUGCCUACGGCCAGACCCUCGGGGGCGCAGUGCAAGUCCAGUCCAAGCCGAAAUCCGUGAAGAAGACCAUCGAUCACGAUGAACUCCUGGUUCGCAUGCUGGCAGUGCCGGUGGACGACAGCAUGGUCUAUGCGGAGCUGAACAAGAGUGGUGUCUGCCUGGGCAUGACCGGCGUUGGCAGGGUGGAGCAGCUGGGCGCCCGGUGCGCGGAGUUCAAGGAGGAGGACACCGUGCUGAUCCUCCCGAAGCCCACCAAGUUCUCCUCGCAGAAGCCCAUCGGCUCGGCGCGCACGCUGCUGCACUGCAGCGAGGAGGACCUGAUCCGGGUGCCGCCGGAUGUGCUGGAGCAGCUGAACCCGGACCAGAUCUGCCUUGCGCCCACGAUUGUCUGCGCGUAUCUUCUGCUGGAGAUCUUCGGCGCCAAGCUGAAGCCCGGAGACUCCGUGCUGCUCAACGCCGCGCACUUGUCCGCCGCAGGGUCCUCCCUGCUGCAGCUCUGCCGGCUGCUGAAGCUGAAGCCGCUGUGUCUGCUGCCGCUGCCGGGGGCGCCCAAGAACUUGGUGAAGGGCGAGUACGGCUCCAAGAGCGCCUGGCAGGACGCCUCCAGCCAGGCGCAGGUGCCGAAGAACGUGCAGACCCAGUACGAGCGCAUCAGCGAGUGGCUGCUCACCAUGGGCGCGGAGGAGGUCUUCCCGGACGCGGUGGCGCUGCUCAGGUGGCGGGACCGGAACCAGCGCAUGUUGCCCAAGCUGGCGCUGGACGGCAUCGCCACGCGAGACUCGGCGGAGCAGCUCAUUCACUGCUUGCAGCCGGGGGACAAGGACGCCCAGAUGGUGGUCUACGGGCACGGGGUGAUGCAGCCCAUCGAGAUCGCGCCUCCGCUGCUGGCCGCCUGGGGUGGCAGCCUCAUCGGCUUCAACAUCGCGCGCUGGGUGCACGCCCUCUCCGCCAACGCGAAGAAGAUGAUGGCAGUCAUGGAGAACAUCACAAAGCUGAUCUGCGCCAACAAGUUCACCCUGGACACCGUGCUCUACAAGGUCGGGGAGGACGCCAUCAGCGACGCCUUCGCCAGGGCGGCCGACGCCUCGGACAGCGCGCAGGUGGUGCUGAUCUUCCCCACGCUGCAGGAUGAGCUGCAGAGCAACCCGGAGCCCAUGGAGGACAUCCCCCGCUCCGUGAAGGGGGGCAACGACGCGGCAAAGAAGAAGGAGGAGGACGAGCGUGAGAAGCUGAAGGAGGACUGGCUGAAGCUGCUCUUCACUGAUGGGAGCGUUGCGGCCACUCAGCCGGAGGGGCCUUUGCCCACGACGCUGGAGCUGGGCGAGCAGAGGCGGCCCGAGUCUCUGGUGGUCUGGGUGGGCGACAAUCCCAAGUCCGAGCACGUGGCGCUCAAGGACGUGUCCAACGUGCUGGGCAGAAGCGGCCUGGUGUCGCUGAGCUGGUCCCAGCACCCCGCGGGCGAGGGCAUGCUGGAGUUCGAGGUGGGCUCUACGGAGGUCACGGAUGGCAGCUGGUACAUGCGCAGCCGCACCAGCUUCGAGAACGAGGACCUGGACAUGCUGCACGACGUGGAAGUGCUGGGCCGGUCCUUGGCGGAGGCGCUGGAGCCCAAGCUGAAGCAGAGCGGUCUUGGGUGGAAGAACGUGAUCCUGUGCGGCUUCGGCAAGGGCGCGGGCGUGGCGCUCUACGCCGCGCUCAUGAAGAUCAUCCCGCAGCCGGUCUCCGCCAUGAUCUUCUUCAGCCCCAUCGUCGCUUUCCCCGGGUACUUGGCGGAGCGCCUGGGGCAGAUGACCCGCAACACCACGCCAGUGAAGAUGUUCAUCGUCUGGGGCAACCGGAAUAAGUCCACCCCAGGAUCCUACCGCCAGCUACUGGCGCAGGCGCUACGAAAGGCGCCGGAGGUGCACCUGACCCCCGACACCCUGCCGGACGGAGAUCAUGUCUUCGACGUGAAGAGCUUCGGCGUGCUCGGCUCGCUGUUGCCGCUCUGCUUGCCCCGCUGAGUUGCGCGAGCUGGGCCGAUAGGCCGAUAGGGAUCUUCCCGCUCCGAAUCGUGGGCCGACGCGCCCGAACCGGUUUGGGGCCGAAGCCGGGCUUUGAGCACCUAGGCCCGGGUGUGAAGGGCCGGUUCCUUCCCUUUCAAAUGCGGAAGACAUGGG